AUGCCGACGGCGGCCUUUCUACCCUCGCUCCUGCUCCUACUCGCCGACCGUUCGUACGCCACGCCGACGACCAUCAAGCUCGGCCUCGAGUGGUUCUUAAAUCCCGACCACCUGCCGCUCGUCGUGGCGCUGCGCGAGGGCUACUUUGCCGAGGCGGGCCUGGACGUCCAGCUGCUCGAGCCGGCGGACCACUGGGAGGCGGAGGAGGAGAUCCUCGCCGGUCGCCUUGACGUCGCGGUCACGGAGACUCUUCACCUGGCGCAGGACGCUGCGCGCGGCAAGCCCGUCAUCGGCUUCUCGCGUUUUCUGCACACGGACGGCGGCGUGCUCUUCCUCGGCUCGUCCAACAUCUCGCGGCCGUCGGACAUGUGCGGCCGCACGAUCUCGUACCCGGGCUCGCCGGGCAUCGGCGGGCCCGCGAUCGUGCAGACGAUGGUCGAGGCGGACGGCGGCUCUUGCGACAUUGCCUCGUACGGCAAGCACAACGGCGGAUUUUAUCACGUGAAGGCGCUGCAGGACAAGGCGGCCGCCGUGGCGACGCUGGUCUUCUACAACUUCGAGGUGAUCGAGGCGCAGCAAAUGGGGCUCAGGCCGGGCUUCUUCUCUCUCAAGGAGUGGGGCGUGCCUGACUUUUGCCAGCUCGUCCUCUUCACGACGCCGCAGCGCCUGCAGGCCCUGCGGCCGCAGCUGCGCCAGCUGGUGCUCGCGAUGCGCCGCGCCACCGGCCUGAUCAAGCGCGAGCCGGCGCGCGCCGCCAGGAUCUACGAGCAGCACGUCAAGGGCAGCGCGGCUGCCGCAGGGACGACCAACCGGAGCGCCCUCGCCAAGGUGGGCGCAGCGUUGAGCGGAGCGGCGGCGAUGGUCAACCCGGUGGCGGCGAUGCGCCGGCGAAAGGAGCGCAAGCUCGAGGCAGCGAUCUUCGACGCGACGCUCGCGGCGCUGCCCAACGACAACAGCCUCUCCGGCGCCUACUUUCAGGGCCUGAUGGCGUGGCUCGUCAAGACGGGGCAGGUCGACGCACAGGUGGGCCCCGAGCUGCUGCCCGAGGGCUACUGGACCAACGACAUUGCCCUGUGA